UUGCUGGCAGGGUGAUGUGCCAAUGGUUUCUUUCUCUUUCUUUCUCUUUAAAAAGCUUUUAGCCGAGGUGGAUGCAUAGGCCAUGGCACCCUACGCACUAGGAGACCACCAAUACUAGGGUAGGGUGGCCUGCGUGUGCGUGCCAAGGAGGAGGAGUGCACAGCACGGGCAUCUUCUUCUUGUCCAGCUUGGGAUCAUCCAUAUCCAGCUAUACUAUACUACUCGAUCCCUUCCAUUCUCUUCUCUUCUCUUCUCUUCUCUUCUCCUCUCAUGGUCAUGGGACUCAUGGAGAUGGAGUAGUUUGGUUGGUUCGUUAAGGGACAGAGGGAGCUGGCAUUUCUUUAAUUUCUUGCUCUCCAUUCUCAUUCCCAAUCCAUCUACAUUUCCUAAGUAUAUAUACUCCAUACCAUACAUAGGAGUACUCCAGUAGAUUGCCAAGGCCUUACUGCUGCUUCUGUUUCUUGCCACCAAUGGCGGUGUCCUCGCCGGACAGGAGAAGGAAUUGGCUCCGCGGACACCGAAAGAUCAUCGGAGACUACCUCGCCGAGGCUCGGGCUGCUCUCGCCGCCGCCGCCGCCGCGCCGCUGGAUGGGGAAGGUGGCGAGCACUCAGCGGCUACGGCGGCGCUUGGACUAGUGGAAGCGGUGCUAGAGAUGUCGCCGCGCAUGGAGGCCGCUCUCGAGCUCCGGGCGCGCUCUCUCCUCGCGCUCCGCCGCUACCGCGCCGUCGCCGACAUGCUCCGCGACUACAUCCCCAGCUGCACCAAGCCCUGCUCCGCCGAUGAUACCUCCUCUUCCUCCUCCUCCUCCUCCUCUUGCUCCUCCGCCUCCCGCACCGACCUGCUCUCGCCUGCCCGUGACCGCUCCGACGCUGCCUCCGCCGCCUCCCGCUUCCUCUGCUGCUUCGACAUUUCCGACCUCAAGCACCGCGUCCUCGCCGGCUUCUCCAAGAACACCAGCGCCGACACCCAGUGGAGGUACUUGGUCUUGGGCCAAGCUUGCUUCCACCUCGGAUUAAUGGAGGACGCCGCCGCGCUGCUCCAGACCGGCCGCCGCCUCGCCUCGGCCGCGUUCCGACGGGAGAGCGUCUGCUGGUCGGAGGACAGCUUCUCGCCGUCCAACCUCACGGCCAACGCUAUCUCCGCGCCGGCGAGUCGAAGAGCCUCCAAGUCCGGCGCGGCGGGAAGCGAGGCGGAGUCCGUGUCGCAGCUCCUCGCGCACGUCAAGCUCCUGCUCCGCCGGCGCGCCGCCGCGGUGGCGGCGCUGGACGCGGACCUCCCCGCCGAGGCCGUGCGCCAUUUCUCCAAGGUGCUCGACGCGCGGCGUGGCGUGCUCCCGCACCCGUUCGCGACCGCCUGCCUCGUCGGCCGCGCCGAGGCGCUCCGUUCCAGCGGGCGGGCAGCCGACGCCAUCGCCGACUGCAACCGCGCGCUCGCGCUUGACCCGGCGUUCAUCCCGGCGCUGCGCUCGCGCGCCGACCUUCUCGAGUCGGUAGGGGCGCUCAGCGACUGCCUCCGCGACCUGGAGCACCUCAAGCUCCUCUACGACGCGGCGCUCCGCGACGGCAAGCUGCCGGGGCCGACAUGGCGGCCCCAGGGCGGCGUUCGCUUCAGUGAGAUCGCCGGCGCGCACCGCGCGCUGACCCCACGCAUCCAGCAGCUCCGCGGGCGCGUGGCCGGCGGCGAGGCGUGCAGCGUGGACUACUACGCCCUCCUCGGUGUGCGCCGCGGUUGCACGCGGUCGGAGCUGGAGCGCGCGCACCUCCUCCUGACGCUGAAGCUCAGGCCCGACCGGUGCGCGUCGUUCGCCGAGAGGCUGGAGCUCGUGGACGAGCACCGCGACCUGGAGGCCGUGCGCGACCAGGCGCGCAUGUCGGCGCUGUCGCUGUACCGCAUGCUGCAGAAGGGCUACUCGUUCAUCAUGUCCGUCGUGCAGGACGAGGAGGCCGCAGAGAGACAGAGGGCCAAGGACGCCGCCGCCGCCACCGCCGCGGCAGCAGCAGCAGCCGCCGCGGCAGCGUUGGCGCGCGAGCAAGAAGAGACCGCCGCCGUGCCGGAGAAGGCCAGGAUCAGUAGUGUUAGUGUGCCUAGCACGAAUGUUCAGGUUCAGGUAACUCAGGCAGCAGCAAUGCCAACAGCUGCCAUGGCGGCGGCGGCGGCGAUGGGAAGUCCGGUGUUCCAGGGCGUGUUCUGCCGCGACAUGGCGGUGGUGGGGACCCUGCUGUCCCGUGGCGGGUUCGACCGGCCGAUACCGGUGAAGUGCGAGGCGAUGAGCUGCUGAUGAAUUGCUAGUGCGGCCAGGACGGAGGAAGAAGAAGGUGGCGGGAAAACAGAGAGCAAGUUUGAAGCGAAGCGUUGGUUUGGUUCCAAAUCUGGACAAGUUGUGUACAGCUCGAAAUGGCGCUUUCCAGCGGGGAAAACGACCCACAGAAGGCAGUUGUUGAAAAAUUUUGGAUUUGUCUCGUUUUGUUGUGUACUUGUAGAGUCUGUUAAGUAUUGUAGCUCUAGUUUCCUUGUGAAAUCUGGUCCCUUCUCUCUCUCUCUCUCUCUCUCUCUCUCUCCCUGUAGAUGUCCAUGCACCAUGCUAGGCUACCCUCUUGGUAAUGCAAAUUUUGUACAGAUUUCAAUUCAGAGUUAUUUUAUCAAUCAA